UCUACGCUCCACAUCCACAAACACGACCGUGGACCCAAGUCCAUGGCCGAAAUUCAAUAAAUACAAACAAAAAAUUUAAAAAUAAAAAAAUCGAGAGCAAAUCUUGAAAUCUUAUCGCUAAAUAUAAUCGCGGAGGAAGACCACGGUUGCUGAUGUUUCACUCUCUGAUCUCAGAUGGAGAGAAUGUGGAAUUGAGAAAGGGAAGCUGGAAGUGAUAUUCAGAGCUUUGUUUUUUGUUUCUUGUUUCUUAGUUCUGUGUUGUUGACUUUUGAAGUGAUUGGAUCUUGAUUUUUCUUGGACGCGGAGAAUGUGGAAUCUUGCACGAAUCGCGGCGUCGAGUUUGAACCGAUCGAGGCGGUUCUCCACGUUGAUUCCUGGUCCCUGUAUUGUACACAAGCGUGGUGCUGAUAUCCUCCAUGACCCCUGGUUCAAUAAGGAUACUGGAUUUCCUUUGACUGAAAGAGAUCGAUUAGGACUGCGUGGCCUUCUUCCUCCUCGUGUUAUAUCUUUUGAGCAACAAUAUGAUCGUUUUAUGGAAUCAUAUCGAUCACUGGAGAAAAAUACUAAGGGUCAACCAGAAAGUGUUGUAUCUUUAGCGAAAUGGAGGAUCUUGAAUAGACUGCACGACAGGAAUGAGACUUUGUACUACCGAGUCCUUAUUGAUAAUAUCAAGGACUUUGCACCAGUUAUAUACACACCAACGGUAGGAUUAGUAUGUCAAAAUUAUUCAGGGUUAUUUAGACGCCCACGGGGAAUGUAUUUUAGCGCAAAGGAUAAAGGAGAGAUGAUGUCAAUGAUUUAUAAUUGGCCAGCUCAGCAGGUAGACAUGAUUGUCCUGACAGAUGGUAGUCGUAUUCUUGGCCUUGGUGAUCUAGGGGUUCAAGGAAUUGGCAUACCAAUUGGAAAACUUGAUAUGUAUGUUGCGGCUGCCGGCAUCAACCCGCAGAGGAUUCUCCCAGUUAUGCUGGAUGUUGGUACAAACAAUCAAAAGUUGCUUGAAGAUCAUCUUUAUUUAGGAGUUCGACAACCUAGGUUGGAAGGAGAAGAGUAUCUAUCAAUUGUUGAUGAAUUUAUGGAGGCUGUUUUUACACGUUGGCCCAAGGCCAUCGUACAGUUUGAGGAUUUUCAAAUGAAAUGGGCCUUUGAAACACUGCAACGGUAUCGUAAAAGAUUUUGCAUGUUUAAUGAUGACAUUCAGGGAACUGCUGGUGUUGCACUUGCGGGGCUAUUGGGAGCCGUUAGAGCUCAGGGACGGCAACUGGCUGACUUUGUGAACCAAAAGAUAGUUGUGGUGGGAGCUGGGAGUGCAGGGCUUGGUGUUCUUAACAUGGCUGUACAGGCUGCCACAAGAAUGUCAGGGAACAGUGAAACAGCUACGAAGCCUUUUUUCCUGCUAGAUAAAGAUGGUCUCAUCACUAAAGAGAGGAAACACAUUGAUCCCGCAGCGGCACCAUUCGCUAAAACCUUGAGUGAUAUCGAAGGACUGGGACUCAAGGAGGGAGCUAGUCUAAUUGAAGUGGUUAAAAAGGUCAAACCGCAUGUAUUGCUUGGUUUGUCUGGAGUUGGUGGGAUCUUCCAUGAGGAGGUGCUCAAGGCCAUGCGAAAAUCUGAUUCGCCCAAACCAGCUAUAUUUGCUAUGUCCAAUCCCACCAUGAAUGCGGAAUGCACUGCCAUUGAUGCUUUUAAGCAUGCUGGAGAAAACAUAGUUUUUGCCAGUGGAAGCCCUUUUGAAAAUGUUGAUCUCGGAAAUGGAAAAUUAGGGCAUGUAAAUCAAGCAAAUAACAUGUACCUGUUUCCCGGGAUUGGUUUGGGAAGUCUUCUGUCAGGUGCUCGUAUUAUAACAGAUGGAAUGUUACAAGCCGCUUCUGAAUGCCUUGCUUCUUAUAUGACUGAUGAAGAAAUCCAAAAGGGAAUCUUAUAUCCAUCUAUAAAUAGUAUUCGAGAUAUUACAGCAGAGGUUGGGGCUGCUGUUUUACGUGCAGCUGUUGCAGAAGAGCUUGCUGAAGGACAUGGUGACAUCGGACCCAAAGAGCUUAUGCUAAUGUCAAAAGAGGAGACAGUGGAGUAUGUGAAACAUAACAUGUGGUUCCCAGUUUACAGCCCUCUUGUUCAUGAGAAAUAAACCAUUCUUAGCCCUUCCAUUGUCAUCAUCUUCUCAGGCUAAUUUGCUGCAGAGGGGACCGGACCUAAAAUUUUGCAGCCACGCUUGGCGGUAUUGUGCUAUGCUUUAUCCGGUAGCUUAAAAUAUUGAGUAGGCAAAUAAUAAAAGGAAAAGAGGGAAAAAGCCCCCCUCUGAAUUCUGAUGUACUUAAUUUUUUUUUAUGUGAUUUGUUGGUGUAACAAGUUAAAUAUAUCUUACUCUUAAGGGGGCCUGGUACACAUUAUGGGUUUAGUAUUGAUAGGCUGAGAUGACAUUUUGGAUUGAUGGUCUGAAUUUUUUCUGAAAGCUUUCAAGAGAAAUGGACAACUCUGAACAAUUUAAAUUUA